AUGGCAACGUCGAGGCAAAGACGUGGUGGCGCAGCUGCUCCGAAUCAUCCGAGAAUGGUUGGUGUCCAACCAGUUUAUGAAGAUUUUAAACCUGUUUCAAAAUGGUCAGAAGAUGAUGAUACUUCUAUUCUCACUAUUCAAGUUCCUGGUUUCAUGAACGAUCAACUCAAAGUUUCAACCGUAGAUCGGAUUUUCAUCAGGGUUCGUGGAGAACGCCUGGUUGCCGGCAACAAAUGGAGCCGUUUCCAGGAGGACUUCCAGGUCCCGGAUAACAGCGACCUAACAAAAGUUAGCACCAGGCAAGGAGGAGGAACUCUAAUUGUUACUGUCCCAAGAAAGAAUGUUGCUGGUAAAACACUUGCAACCAGAAAGGAAGAAAACGAAGCCAGUCAAGCAACCCUCAUCCCUCACCCAAAAGCUCAAGAUCAAUUCCUUCCUCCUAAAACCACAGGCAUGAAAUCUCCUGGGGAACCCAAGCCUGAUCAGCAGGGUCAAGAUAAAGUUACUCCCACGAUUAGUAGUAGCAAGCCGACAACUGAUGACAAAAGUAUAGAACCAGCUCCAAGGAUUCAGAAAACAUCAGGUGAUCAUCCUAUUACGAAAAUAGAACUACAAGAAGAUGAACAAAAGAGUCAUACAGAGGAGAUGAGCCCAGGAAUGACAGAGAAACCUGCUGCACAUGAAAAUAUUGUGGAUAAGGCAGGGAAGAAGAUAGUUGCUGACAAAAGUUUGGAACUACUAGGAACUAAGAGAACUUCACGUUAUCAUCCAAGUAUUAGAACUAGACGACAAAAAGACAAACAAAAGAGUAAUAUUGAGAAAAAGGGAAUCCAAGAAACAGAAGAGAAACAUUUUACACCAGAAAAUGCCCCAUUGAAGGAUAACAUUGGAAAAGGUAAAGAAAUAAGUUCUGAAGUUCAUGAAGAUAAUAAGAUGAUCAAAUCUGAGAAACAAUCAAAAAGGCAUCAAAUUGUCAAAUCAAGUGCACUUCGUGAUACUCCUGAUCAUGAUCAGUGUGCUUCGAAAUUGGAACUGAAGAAGAAAGCAGCUAAAGGGCCUGGUGAGCUGAUUGAAGAGAGGCAAUCGCUGGUGAAUAUGGGGGCAGCACUGCUCAUUAUUGUUGGAGUAAGCGCUCUUGUCUCCUACCGCUUUGCAUCUCAGAAUGAUAAACAAUAG